AUAUGUCCUGUUUCAACGGUAUAAUUCAGUAUGAAUUAGACCGCUGAAAUGAUCGCAGACAUUUCCAUCGUCAUCAUCAUCCCAAACUGUGCAAUAUUGAAGUAAUACACUUGAAAGAUGAACUCGAAAAUAACAUUUUUUUGGUUCCUAAUUGGGUUUGGAAUUGGAUUUUUCAUCGAUCUCAACAAAUCUAACGAGUUUGAAGUAGAUCUAAGAAAGGCACCGCCAUCCGAUUUGACGCAAACAAGCGUAGUAGAAGAUGUAAAGAAGAUACGAAUUUUGUGUUUUUUGAGCACCAUGUCGAAGAGUUAUUCGACGCGAGCGGUUCACAUUAUGCAAACAUGGGGCAAACAUUGUGAUAAAUUGUUAUUUUUUGGUUCAUACGUAACUGAUGGAAAUAUCGGUGCGAUUGGAUUCAAUGUGACGGAAGGGCAUGACUACAUUUGGGGAAAGGUUAAAUUGAUAAUGCAGCAUAUUCAUAAGAAUUUUCUCAACGAUUACGAUUGGUUCUUCAAAGGCGAUGACGACACAUUUUUGAUUCCUGAAAACUUACGUUACAUGCUAUCAGCCUAUUCAACUGACGACCCAAUUUAUUUUGGAUACAAAAAAAACUCAUCAAUGCAUAAGAGAGGCUUCUUCAGUGGAGGGGCUGGUUAUGUGUUGAGCAGACAAACUGUUCGAACGUUUGUCGAAAAGGUUCUAACUAACAAAGAAUUUUAUCGAAAAUCAGAAGGAGAACCCGGUUGUAAUCUCAAAACCGAUGCACGUAAUGAGGAUGAGGACAUAAGCGUUUGUCUCGAUUAUUACAAUGUAUACCCCGGCGAUUCAAGAGAUUUAUUAAACCGAGGCCGAUUUUUUCCAUAUAAGCCAGAGGCACAUUUAUUCGGCAAACCGGAUCCCAAGAAUGGACACUGGACAACGAAGUACUAUUGGAGCGAUGAAGGACUGGAUUGCUGCUCAAAUUAUACGAUUAGUUUUCAUUACAUCUUAACUAAAUAUCAAUACACGAUGUAUUUCCUCGCGUAUAGACUGCAACCGUUUGGAUUUAGACGGCAUUUUCCAUCUCUACCAAUGAAAGUGAACUUUUCACAAGUCGUCAAAAUGCUGGAACAAGAAGGAGCUAAUGCAUCUCUACGAGGAUUCUAGGCCAAGUUUUUUGUUUUCGAAGGAGAUAUUUUUAGCGAAACAAAAGUUCAGUCAAUUUUAAAUUGGAAAUAGCAGAAUUUUAUUGCGUUUUAUAUGUAAUAAAAAUUGAAGAAUAUUGAUGAAUAGUGGUUCAAUUGGACAAAUAUCUAUUUACAGCAAUAAUGUCUCUCUCUUAUACUUAUUCAUACAACAAUACAGUGAUUAUAGCUACCAUAACCAUAACUUCUCUUUAAAAGCUCAUUUUUCCUAUAAAUACUGCGAUUUUUUUGUGUGUAAUAU